UAUUUUAUUGUGAUGCUAUGAUAGAUAUUGAUUAUUGAAUAAAAGCUUUCAUGCCGUCGAACGAUAAACGCAUUGGAGGCGGAAGAAACAAAAAGUCACUAAACGUUCAAAUUGGUUUGGUGACACGAUGCCGCAUGAUGCAAAAAUCUCGGCUCGUUACAAGGACGUCGGAACAAUUAGAUAUUACGUGACGAUGGGUUAAUUACAAAAAGAUAUAAUGUAUCGUGUUUCUCACGAUUACGUCUAUUUUCGAGUACCGUCGCCUUACAAAUGUAAUGUUAUCGUUAGAGUACAUCAAUAGUGUUCGUACUGAAUACAACGCGGUUACUAGAUGGAGUUAACAGUACCCUGUUGCGUGUAUCGCACGUGACAUAUACGUAUUUAGAGAUAGAAAUCGAUCGUAAAUGUGGAUAGUACAUAUUUGAAACUGCGCGUCAUUUUAUUUCGUAUCCGAACGUCUUUCGUUUGCUAUUUUCUAUUCCUUUUUUCAAAAGUGGAAACGAGAAAUCGAGUGGACCAACAUGAGAGUGACGCAUCCGGAAGUCUUGUUUGAAUCGGGGGGAAAAUGUGUGUUGAAAUAACAAGUUUUUUAUUUUCAUUUGUUAUGUUUUAAUAUUUCCAUAAAAUUUAUGGACACACGUUGAAUUCAUAAACAUUAGAAGGCAUAAUUUUAAUUUAUAUCUAUAUCGAAACAAUGAGUUGUUUCGACCAAACUUUUCCAUCCACCAUCAUCCAUUAACCAUAUUUCAUUUUAAUUAAUUAACCAAAGAAAAAAGGAACAUGUUAUCCAACAGAUAACCAUGUAAUUAAUUCAAGUCCGUCUGAGGAAUCCAUAGAUUACGAAACAGGAUAAUCUUAAAUACAGAAACUCGUGAUGAACAAAACAGAUUCCACCGAUCUUACGAAUCGCAUUAAGUCGUUGUUGGAGAUAAUGACGAAUAAUUGUUCAGAAGAUAAAAAUUCUGAAGAUGAAGAGUAUUCUAUCAGUUCGGAUGAAAUGAGCUCGGAAAAUGAUGAUAACGACGAUAUUCAAUCUGAUUUAAGCGAAACUGGAGAUUUUUCCAACGAAGACUACCAUUCCACCGUAUUUCGUUUGAAUAAAUUUUUUCGAGACCACGUAGAGAAUACAGAGAAACACCUACCUUCAACCUUGAAUAAUAAUGAACCUAAUAAUAUACAGUUCGAGGAAAAAAUGUACAGGGUUAUCCCGUUAAAAUUGGACGAGAAAGUCUUGAAAUCAAAGAUCCCGUUCGUUCUAAAUAAAAAUAAAAAUCAAAGGAAAUAAUGCUAAGGAAAACCACGGUAUAUUAUCGAAAUACAUUUUAUUAAUAAAAAAAA